CAGGUCGUCGGCUGUGGCGCCAGCCUGGAGGGACUGAAACGGUACUAUGUCCGCAUGCGUGUCUGCGAGCGGCACCUCCAUGCCCAGGCAAUCGUUGUCAACGGCGUGGUUUCGCGCUUCUGCCAGCAGUGCGCCAAGUUUCAGUUCGUGGGCGAGUUC